AUGACAUCAAGUGACAAUAGUUCCACCAACUACUAUGAGAUGGCUGCAAACAUGCCAACAGUCGACAUCUCAGAGCCGAUUCAGUGCUUCAAGAGGCAUGAGAAGUUUUCCUUUCGGGCAGCAGUGGACUUUGUUGCAAUGGCCAUCAAGGCAAUGUUCCCUGUGUAUCUAGGAAUCCGCAUCGAUUAUCCAUUCAUUCCAGGUUAUCUCAAGCACCAUGGUAUCUACUACUGCACUUGGGUUGGCACGAUCCUUGCUGCUGAAAUCAUUUUCAAUUACAUGAUUGAUUGGAAGGCAGUACUUGGAACUGGUUGGCUUCCUGGGACCAUGUUCCUCGUGGCAUCCUCACUCUUCUACUAUGUUGGGCUCUCCUUGUGGAUGCUUGUGGUGAAAGCGCCUCUUCGAAAUAGAGUUGGCAAGGCCAACUUCAUCAUGAUCUCUGAGAUUCUCUUUUCUGUCAUGUGGUUUCUCCUUGGCUGUGGGUUCCGUGCCUUUUGUCAAUCAGUAGGGACUAUUCCAUUUCCAGAGGCAAUCCCAGAUGUAGCAUCCACCCUUUUUGGAGUCAUUUUGGUCCUGACUGGGUUCUUCUUCAAAGGGUGGGCAUGCACUUUAACGGGCUACAACAGCUACUUUUUGCGUGAUAUGCUAUUGGACACCCCCAACUCCCAUUUUGUGGAAUCCUCACUCUACAAGUAUAUUCAUCAUCCAACCUACACUGCUGGAUAUGUGCAGACUCUUGGAGUAGCCUUAUUUUAUCGCUCUGUUCCAGGAUGCAUUGCCUACUUUGGUUACCAAGCCAGCAUUCUUCUGUUUGUUCAUUUUGUGGAAGGGCCAUUUAUUGAACGGACCUACAUGGCAGCAAAGGAACCAUCUGCAGAUGAAGAGAGCCCAGUGUCUACGGAGAGCCCAGAAUCAACAUCUGCUGAAGAAGAGAGCCCAGAAUUAACAGAUGUAGAGGUUUAG